CUCAUACUCCCUCACUUCAUGUUUAUAAAUAACUCCACCAUCCUCACCUUAACCUCACAUCCUCAAACCAACAAACAACAAUGGCAACAAUCACCAAACGAUUACUCCUAAGCGACCUUGUAUCCACCGAUAAAAUAGACCAAGUCCCUUCAAACUACAUCCGACCCAUCACCCAACGUCCCAAUCUACAAUCCGUUGUUCGCGACUCCAUCCCUCUAAUAGACCUCCACAACCUCUUCGGCCCGAACCGCGGUCAAGUCAUCGACCAAAUCGGUCGAGCCUGCCGCGACUAUGGCUUCUUCCAAGUCAAAAACCAUAGCGUCCCCGAACUUACAAUAUCCAACAUGAUGCAAACCGCUAGAGACUUCUUCAACCUACCCGAACAAGAACGACUCAAAAACUAUUCAGACGACCCCCAAAAAACCACUAGGCUCUCCACCAGCUUCAACAUUCGAACCGAAAAGGUUGCUAACUGGAGAGAUUACUUGCGUCUUCAUUGCUACCCGAUUGAAAACUUUGUUCACGAAUGGCCAACUAACCCGACGUCGUUUCGGGCCCAUGUGGCGGAGUAUUGUACGAGUGUAAGAGGGUUAGCGGUGCAGCUUAUUGAGGCGAUUUCGGAGAGUUUGGGGCUUGAGAAGGAGUAUAUAGGGAGGCAAUUGGGGAAGCAUGCUCAACAUAUGGCUUUGAAUUACUACCCGCCUUGCCCGCAACCCGAUUUGACUUAUGGGUUGCCUGGACAUACUGAUCUUAAUCUUAUUACUAUUCUUCUUCAAGAUCAGGUUCCUGGGCUUCAGGUCUUGAGAAAUGGUCAUUGGGUUGCGGUUGAUCCGGUUCCGAAUACGUUUAUUAUUAAUAUUGGUGAUCAAAUUCAGGUAAUGAGCAAUGAUAAAUACAAGAGUGUGUUGCAUCGAGCUGUGGUGAACUGUGAUAAAGAACGGAUAUCUAUACCUACUUUCUAUUGCCCGUCACCUGAGGCGGUUAUCGGUCCUGCUCCGGAACUCGUGACCGACGAUGAGCCUGCUGUGUACAGACAGUUUACAUACGGGGAAUACUAUGAGAAGUUUUGGAACAGGGGGCUUGCAACCGAGAGUUGCUUGGAUAUGUUCAUGGCUACUUGAUUAGUCUACAUCAUUUGUCUGACCACGCUUGGAUAAAUGUGUUAAAUCCGGUUUUUAAGUUUGUGUGUUUUUUGUAGGUAGCGUAUCCUUGUUAUAAGGUUUCUUUAAUAAACUUAGUUUGUAAUUUCUGUAGAUCAAGAAUGUAGUUUAUGAAGCAUGAAUGAAUGAAUAAUCACCAAAUUA